AUGAUGACAGAAGGCAUGCAGCUCUGGCACGGCUUAGUGAUCGCAUUCGUGUCCCUGGUCCUACAGGCCUGCCUGCUCGUAGCCAUCUACUACCUGCUCAGCAGACACAUGGCCAAAGAGAACGAACAGUUACUCAGAAGAUCCAGGCUCUGGGCCCCCAGGCCCAGCCCUGCCCACCACCACUCACCUGCUGCACAGGAGACGAAGGAGACCGGGGCAGAGAGAAGCACCCCUGCGCGGGAGUCCCGGUACAGGAAUAACUGCCACACAUCCUCAGAGAGCUCCGACACCUCGGACAGCGCCGGCCACUCGCCUCCCACCGGCCAGGCCACCAGGAAUGUGAAUUACACCCAAGUGGUCUUUCCAGCCACAGGAAGACUAGAGAACACAUCCGCCCUGGACUAUGAGGACAUCGAGGACAUGACAGAUUAUGUCAAUGUCGACCCAAAAAGCCACAAGCACAAUUUCUGGACUUUUGUGAACCCUGCUGCCUCCGAGCCUGUGGAAUACUCUCAAGUGGCCAUGUGAAUUCCAGGGUCUGCUUUUAUAAAUGGGGUCAAGUUCUCUACAAAUUCUUGUACUUAUUUUGUAGGGAAUGACUUUCUGUUUUUGUGUGUGUGUGCGUGCGUUUUAACAAGGCUUGGGAGGAAAAAAUAGGCUGUAUCUCAGCAAGAAAGGCUCAGAUGGGGAGUUAGGAUGAGCUUCCAGGUUGAGUCUGAGCUCACUGAAGCAGAUCAGUAGGGAAAGUGGGGAAGUCUCAAUCAGAAAAUUGUUUUAAAAGAUUUUAAUCAGCUAUAGUAGAGUCCCGUUUGGCAGUCUUACGAUUGAAUUAACCUCUGAGCUAUUUAAUUAUUGGCAGCGAACAACUUCUUUAAAAGUUUUAAAUAAAACGGCAACCGCCAGUUCCUCUUUUCCUCUUGCCCAGCCCAGCGUGUGUCCCUUUCUCAGAGCUGUGCCUGCUGAGUGAUCCUGCUUUGCCCUCAGAACUUUAAAUAGUCCACUUAGAAGGCCCACUAUCGCUCAACCUUUGAACUCACUGUUUCUUAUGAACGAGAGAUGACAAAUACCGCCU